AUGGAUUCGAAGCCUUCAAGAAUCCCAAGAAGAAUUACUGUUCAGCCUUCUAGCUCCUUAAGUACUAGAAUGAUGUCUGGAAGCAGAGGAAGUAGUUUAAAUGAUAACUAUCACUCAAGAGACUCUUCAUUUAGACUGGAUUCUGAAUAUCAGUCUACAUCCGCGUCUGCUUCAUCAUUUCCGUCUACAUGGUAUAGUGAAUCUGAAAUCACUCAGGGAGCACGCUCAAGAUCUCAAAACCAACAACGGGAUCAUGAUUCCAAAAGGCCUAAGCUUUCUUGUACAAACUGUACAUCUACCUCAGCUGGGAGAAAUGUUGGAAAUGGUUUAAAUGCAGUAUCAGAUUCUUCCUGGAGACACAGUCAAGUUCCCAGAUCAUCUUCAAUGGUACUUGGCUCUUUCGGAACUGACUUACUUCGAGAGAGAAGAGAUUUGGAGAGGAGAUCAGAUUCUUCUAUUAGUAAUCUUAUGGAUUAUAGUCACAGAAGUAGUGAUUUUGCAACUUCAUCAUAUGUUCAAGACAGAGUUCCUUCAUAUUCACAGGGAGCAAGACCAAAAGAGAACUCUAUAAGCACUUUACAAUUGAAUACAUCAUCCACAAACCACCAUUUGCCUUCUGAACAUCAAUCCGUACCAUGUCCUAGGGAUUCCAGCAGAAAUUCUUUAAGAGCAAACUUUUCUCAAAGAGAACUGGAAUCUCCUCGAAGCAAUGCACAGCCCGGAUUUUCCUAUCUUUCACACAGAGAUGAAGCUCCAGCCAUAAGCAGCUCGGAAAGGGUGGCUUCAUCUCAAAGAUCAUUUCAAGAAUCUGCUGACAAUGAAGGAAGGCGGACAACCAGAAGGUUGCUGUCACGUAUAGCUUCUAGUAUGUCAUCUACUUUUUUUUCACGUAGAUCUAAUCAGGAUUCCUUGAACACAAGAUCACUGAGUUCGGAAAACUGUAUUUCUCCUAGAGUGUUGACACCCUUACAGUCUCGUAGUAAUGCAUCAUCAACUUCUGAAGUUACAGAUAAUAGAGCAUCUGAAACGUCUCAGGGAUUUCGAUUUUUAAGGCGAAGAUGGGGCUUGUCAUCUCUUGGCCAAAAUCACAACUCUGAGCCAGAUUCAGAAAAUUUUAACCAAGAUUCUGAAGGUAGAAAUACAGGACCGUGGUUAUCUUCAUCACUUAGGAAUAGAUGCACACCUUUGUUUUCUAGAAGACGGCGAGAAGGAAGAGAUGAAUCUUCAAGGAUAUCUACCUCUGAUAUGCCCUCUAGAUCUCAUGUUUUUAGAAGAGAAGCUAAUGAAGUAGUUCACCUUGAAGCACAGAAUGAUUCCCUUGGGGCUGCAUCCAACAGACCACAAGUAUCUGCAACAUCAACCAGUGCUGCCACGUCAGAUUCAACUCCCAGUGGGAGAAACACAGGAAUAUCUGGGAUUUUUCCUGGCUCCUUAUUUCGAUUUGCAGUGCCCCCAUCACUUGGAAGUCAUUUGACUGACAAUGUCAUGAUCACUGUAGAUAUUAUUCCUUCAGGUUGGAAUUCAUCUGAUGGAAAAAAUGAUAAAGCUAAAAAUGCAUCAUCAAGAGAUCCAGAAAAACUGCAGAAAAUAAAGGAGAGCCUCCUUCUAGAAGACUCUGAAGAAGAAGAAGGUGAUUUAUGUAGAAUUUGUCAGAUGGCAGCUGCUUCAUCAUCUAACUUGCUGAUAGAGCCAUGCAAAUGCACAGGAAGUUUACAGUAUGUCCACCAAGAGUGUAUGAAAAAGUGGUUACAAGCCAAAAUUAACUCUGGUUCUUCAUUAGAGGCCGUAACCACCUGUGAACUUUGUAAAGAGAAGUUGCAGCUUAACUUGGAGGAUUUUGAUAUUCAUGAACUACAUAGAGCUCAUGCAAAUGAACAAGCUGAAUAUGAGUUUAUCAGCUCUGGUCUCUACCUAGUUGUUUUACUGCACUUGUGUGAACAAAGCUUUUCUGAUAUGAUGGGAAAUACAAAUGAACCGAGCACGCGUGUCCGAUUUAUUAACCUUGCAAGAACUCUUCAGGCACAUAUGGAAGAUCUCGAAACUUCAGAGGAUGAUUCCGAAGAGGAUGGAGACCAUAACAGAACAUUUGAUAUUGCCUAACUUAAUAUAAACAAAUGGAUGCUCUGUGAACAAGUGUUUAACAACAUUGGCAAUU